AUGUCAUAUGAAAGAGUACUGAAUAUAGAGAAUCCCUUUAAAGAUGACGAUUCUGCUACACUUUAUGAGAAUAAUCACGACGACAACAUAAUCACGGGUGGUUCACAAACUAGUAGUACGCAUGAAGAUGAUAAUAUCUUUGGUGAUAACAAAUCUGAAGUUACUCAUUACACUCCCGAUAUCAACACCAAGAAUGAGAAACACAAAAGGGGAGUUGAGGAUCAAGAGGACGGGGAAGACAUCGUGUUGACUGAUAUUCAUGGGAAUUUCAUCCCAGUAUCGAAUUCCAGCUCAGAAGAGGAAGAUCCGUUUUCAGAUGAUUUUGGCAAUAAUUACCUGCAUUUAGAUUUCGACAACAAACGAUACACGUCCAAGUUAACAUUCAAAGGGUCGAGACUAGUGUACUUCACAUCGGCAUUUGUCAGUUUGUUUCUUGCCUUGUUUGGUGCCGAACAAGCCUCGUGUUCCGGGUUGAUUGUAUUUGAUACGUUUAAUAAAUAUUUCAAUCACCCGAGUCCUGCCACCAUCGGUGUGGUGGUGUCGAUCUUAGAAAUUGGUGCCAUGUUGAGUUCGUUGUCGGUGGCCAAGAUCUCGGAUUUGUUUGGCAGGAAAAGAACCAUUCUUCUUGGGACAUUCUUGUUUAUGGUUGGUGGGAGUUUACAGACAUUUUGUCCCAACAUGUUUGUGUUUGGUGUUGGAAGAGUGUUUUCUGGGUUUGGUGUGGGGAUUCUAUCAACGGUGGUUCCGUCGUAUCAGUGUGAAAUCAGUCCAAGUGAAGAUCGUGGCAAGUUGGUGUGUGCUGAGUUCACCGGGAAUAUCACUGGGUAUGCCAUGAGUGUGUGGAUUAACUAUUUCUGUUAUUUCAUCCAGGACAUUGGUGAUACUAGAGACAAGCCCCAUUCGUUUUUGGCCAACUUAAGCUGGAGGUUGCCGUUGUUUAUCCAGGUGGUCAUCGCGUUUGUGUUGUUUCUUGGUGGGUUUUUCAUUGUGGAAUCGCCAAGAUGGUUGCUUGACAACGACAUGGACCAACAGGGGUUCCAUGUGUUGGCAUUGUUGUAUGAUUCCCACAGUGACGACAGCAAACCAAGGAAUGAGUUCUUCAUGAUCAAGAAUAAUAUCCUCCAGGAAAGAGAAACCACCCCGAAGCUGCAACGUACAUGGAGACACUUGUUGAGUCAUUUCAAGAUCCGAGUCUUUGUUGCUUGCUCGUCGUUGAUCUUUGCCCAGUUCAAUGGUAUCAAUAUCAUCUCGUACUAUGCACCAUUGGUUUUUGAGCAAGCGGGGUUCAACAACUCCAGUGCGUUGCUCAUGACGGGGAUCAAUGGGAUUAUUUACUUGUUGUCCACGAUUCCAACAUGGUUCUUGGUUGACCGAUGGGGAAGAAGACCCAUUCUUAUCACGAGUGGUAUUGCCAUGGGUAUAUGUCUAUUCCUCGUGGCGGUGUUCAUGCUCUUGGACAAGGGUUAUACACCUACAUUGGUGGCUAUUUUAGUUAUCAUCUACAAUGCAUCGUUUGGAUUUGGGUUUGGCCCGAUCCCGUUCUUGUUGCUGAGUGAAUCGUAUCCGUUGUCAGUGCGUUCGAAAGGAGCUUCAUUAGCCGUGGCGUGUAAUUGGUUUAGUAAUUUUGUUGUUGGGUUGAUGACACCGAUCUUGAAGGAACUGAUCAAAUGGGCGAUGUACUUAUUCCCAGCAAGUUCAUGUGUGAUGAGUGUUAUUGUUGUGAUGUUGUUCUAUCCAGAAACGAAAGGAGUUGAAUUGGAAGAGAUUGAUCGAGUAUUUGAGGAGUUCUAUGCUACGAGUACGAUGAAGAGAGUGAAACUAAAAGGCUUACGUAGACGCAAGAGUAGAAAGAACAAGCAUCAAGGGAAGUAUAGUAGAUUGAAUGAUGAUGCCUUUGAGAUGGUGGGAUUAGAUGAGAUGGAUUAUGAAGAUAACUAUAGAGAUGUUUAA